AUGACUUCACUUUCGCUUUCAACCAAGUUUUCUCUCUAUCCAAACAGCACAUUUCUCCAAUUUCAGUUCCCAAACAGAACUCAAAGAAUCAGCUUCCCCAAGAAAACACAAAUAGCGUGCUCAGCCACAGAGCAACCAAAAGGACAGCAAAAGCGGCCAAAGAAGAAGAAAAGCGUUACGGACAGCGAGAAAGGGAUUGACCCAGUUGGCUUCCUUACCAAAUUCGGCAUUUCCCAUAAACAAUUUUCUCAGUUCCUCCGUGAAAGACACAAAUCCUUGAAGGACCUCACGGAUGAAAUUUUCAAUCGUCACAUUGAUCUCCGAGAUAUGGCUUCAGGAUUUGAGAUAUUGGGUAUUCAUCGACACCCGGAACAUAGAGAGGAUUAUAUGGAGUGGGCUCCAGGUGCUCGCUACUGUGCACUGGUUGGUGAUUUCAAUGGGUGGUCUCCUACAGAGAACUGUGCAAGAGAGGGUCAUUUUGGCCAUGAUGACUAUGGAUACUGGUUCAUCAUUCUUGAAGAUAAGUUGAGGGACGGAGAAAAACCAGAUGAACUCUAUUUUCAACAGUAUAACUACAUUGAUGACUAUGAUAAAGGUGACAGUGGUGUUCCCAUUGAAGAAAUCUUUAAGAAAGCAAAUGAUGAAUAUUGGGAACCUGGAGAAGACCGGUUUAUAAAGAACCGUUAUGAAAUUCCAGCAAAGUUAUAUGAGCAGAUUUUUGGGCCUAAUGGUCCUCAAACAUUGGAGGAACUUGAAGAAAUACCGGACGCAGAAACAAGAUAUAAAGCAUGGAAAGAACAGCAUAAAGAUGACUUACCUAGUAAUACACCUUGCUAUGAUGUGAUUGACAAUGGAAAAGAGUAUGACAUUUUCAAUGUUGUGCUUGAUCCUGUAUCACAAGAGAAAUUUCGUGCAAAGAAGCCUCCCUUGGCAUAUUGGUUGGAGACACGCAAAGGAAGGCAGGCAUGGUUGAAAAAGUACAGUCCUUGCAUUCCUCAUGGGAGCAAGUACAGGGUCUAUUUUAACACUCCUAGUGGGCCAUUGGAACGAGUACCUGCUUGGGCUACUUAUGUGCAACCAGAUGCAGAAGGAGAGCAAGCUUUUGCUAUCCACUGGGAUCCGCCGCCAGAAUAUGCAUACAAAUGGAAAAAUUCACGCCCGAAAGUGCCAAAAUCUCUGCGUAUUUAUGAAUGCCAUGUUGGCAUAAGUGGAUCAGAGCCAAAAAUAUCUUCUUUCAGUGAUUUCAUAGAGAAGGUCCUUCCUCAUGUAAAGGAGGCUGGAUAUAAUACAAUCCAACUGAUUGGAGUUAUUGAGCACAAAGAUUAUUUCACUGUUGGUUAUAGAGCCACUAAUUUAUAUGCUGUUAGCAGCCGAUAUGGCACUCCUGAUGAUUUCAAGCGGUUGGUUGAUGAAGCACAUGGACUAGGACUGCUGGUCUUCUUAGACAUUGUCCAUUCCUACUCAGCUGCAGAUGAGAUGGUUGGAUUGUCACUAUUUGAUGGAACAAAUGACUGCUACUUCCACACAGGUAAACGGGGACAUCACAAGUAUUGGGGUACCAGAAUGUUUAAAUACGGUGAUCUGGAUGUCCUGCAUUUCCUGCUCUCAAAUUUGAACUGGUGGCCCACAGAGUACCAAAUUGAUGGUUUUCAUUUCCAUUCACUCUCAUCAAUGAUGUAUACGCACAAUGGUUUUGCUUCUUUUACUGGUGACUUGGAGGAGUACUGCAAUCAAUAUGUUGAUAAGGACGCACUAUUAUAUCUCAUUUUGGCAAAUGAGAUACUUCAUGCUUUGCAUCCAGAUAUAAUAACAAUUGCCGAAGAUGCAACCUUCUAUCCUGGGCUAUGUGAACCAACCUCUCAAGGCGGGUUGGGAUUUGAUUAUUGUGUCAAUCUUUCUGUGUCAGAGAUGUGGUCAUCUUUUCUUCAGACUGUUCCAGACCAUGAUUGGAGCAUGAGUAAGAUUGUCAACACAUUAAUGGGCAACAGAAAAUUUGCAGAUAAAACACUUGUGUAUGCUGAAAUCAUAACCAGGGAUGGUUCCCAUGACACAGAGAAAUUACUGCUGAGAGGUUGUUCCUUGCACAAGAUGAUCAGGUUAAUUACUUUGACAAUUGGUGGCCGUGCCUAUCUCAACUUCAUGGGCAAUGAAUUUGGACAUCCAGAGAGGGUUGAGUUCCCAAUGCCAAGCAACAAUUUCUCGUUUUCACUUGCCAAGCGUAGGUGGGAUCUUCUUGCAAAGGAAGGAUUGCAUCGCAACUUGUUUAUAUUUGACAAGGACUUGAUGAAUUUGGAUGAAAAUGAAAGAGUACUUACAAGAGUUUUACCCAGCAUUCAUCAUGUGAAUGACGACAACAUGGUAAUAUCUUACCUAAGAGGCCCCCUUCUCUUCGUAUUUAACUUUCAUCCAACAGAUUCUUAUGAAGGAUACAGAAUAGGGGUAGAAGAGGCUGGAGAGUAUCAACUUGUACUCAAUACGGAUGAAAUAAAGUAUGGAGGUCAGGGACUUAUAAAGGAUGACCAGUAUUCGAGGAAAACUAUUAGCAAAAGAGGCGAUGGCCUCCGAAACUGCUUAGAAGUGCCUAUGCCCAGUAGGACUGCCCAGGUUUACAAAUAA